AAUUAUUCUGUACCUGUGGAGGGUUGUGUUUUGUUAUUUCAUUUUAAAACUUGCUUCCUAUAUUCAUUUCUCUUUUAUAGUAUAGCCACCCCGAGAGGAAAAUCGAACGGCGACAAGUUAGGGUUUGGGAUUUCUCCGUCAGUCCAUCAAUAUUUACUUUUAUUGUGGUGUUUUUUUAUAUUGAAUUUCUCAAUUGGAGUCGAAUGGGUGGCGGCGAUGCCAACGAUGGAGGCGAUUCAAAUGAAAAUGCCGGCAGCAAAGGAGGAGAAGUCGUGGUGAACGUUCGAUGCUCCAACGGCUCGGAGUUCUCGGUGCACGUCAAUUUGGACUCCACAGUCGAGUCCUUCAAGUCAAUUCUCGCUCAGAACUGCGAAAUUCCACCGCAGCAGCAGCGUCUCAUCUACAAAGGUCGCAUAUUGAAGGAUGAUCAAACGCUUCAGAGAUAUGGUCUGGAGGCUGAGCACACUGUCCACUUGGUCCGUGGUUUUGCAACAAAUGCCUCUACCAACAGUGCUGGUGCAACUAAUGCUGGAAAUCCACAUGCUAAUCCCGCUGUGACAGCAGAUGCUGGCUCCAAUGAAGGUGGAGCAUUUGGAGGGUCUGGUUUUGGAGCUUCAUUGUUUCCCAGGCUCGACUUGAAUGGAUUGGGAAGUGGGGCUGGAUUAUUUGGAGCCGGACUUCCAGAUAUGGAACAUGUGCAGGCACAGUUGACUCAAAACCCCAACAUGAUGAGAGAUAUCUUGAAUAUGCCUCUUGUUCAGAAUAUAAUGAAUAAUCCUGAAAUCAUCCGCAACUUAAUCAUGAACAAUCCUCAGAUGCGUGAGAUCAUGGAUCGCAACCCGGAGCUUGCUCAUGUCCUUAAUGAUCCUGCAACUCUUCGUCAGACAAUGGAGGCUGCACGAAACCCUGAACUCAUGCGUGAGAUGAUGCGAAAUACAGACAGGGCAAUGAGCAAUAUAGAAUCUUCUCCAGAGGGUUUUAACAUGCUCAGGCGCUUGUAUGAGAAUGUGCAAGAACCAUUCCUUAAUGCUACAACUUUGGAAGGUGGCACUAGAACUGAUUUGGGGUCAAACCCAUUUGCUGCUCUUUUGGGAGCUCAAGGUGGGGGGGUGGCCAGAGAACAGGUAACUAAUACUAGUACCACUGGUUCUGAAACUUUGACCGAUUCUCCUGCUCCAAAUACGAACCCGCUUCCCAAUCCCUGGGCAUCUACUGGCACUGAAGGUGUGCAAACGAACUCAACUGCCCAGUCAAAUCCUAGUGGGGAUGUGAGGACUCCGCCUCUUGGUGUCUCUGGUGGACUUGGUUUCCCAGAUUUUUCGCAAUUGCUAGGUUCUAUGCCAGAUCCCAAUUCCCUGAGUCAGUUGAUGCAAAAUCCCGCCAUAUCCCAGAUGAUGCAGAGUCUUUUAUCCAAUCCUCAGUACAUUAAUCAGAUUAUUGGAUUCAAUCCAGAGCUUCAGAACAUGUUCAAUUCCAAUCCUCAGUUUAGGGAUAUGAUGCAAAAUCCUGAAUUUAUUCGUCAAUUAUUUUCUCCUGGGAUGAUGCAGCGACUCCUGACUUUUCAGCAAGCUCUUUUGUCUCAACUUGGUCGCCAGCAGACAUCUCGAGAACCAGGUCAAAAUGAUGGUGGAACAGCAGGAGCACCUGGCAAUUUAAGCUUGGAUAUAUUGAUGAACAUGUUUGGUGGACUUGGAACUGGUGGCUUGACUGCUUCCAACAGAUCUAAUGUGCCCCCUGAAGAACUAUACGCCACUCAACUAUCUCAGUUACAGGAAAUGGGUUUCAUUGAUACUCAAGAAAACAUCAGGGCACUAAUUGCCUCUGCUGGCAAUGUUCAUGCUGCGGUGGAACGACUGUUGGGAAAUCCUGGUCAAUAGAAGUUGGAUGUUGAUAUUGUUUUGUUUAUAUCACUACAUGUUCUCCGUUGGGAUUGCAUCUGGCACAUGUGGAUAUUAGGCAAAUAAAUAUUUUUGAAGGGAAUAAAAACGACUCUGAUUGUUGAAACACCCUAUCUUCCUCCCCUUAUUUCCUUCAUGGGAAAGAGAGCAAAAAAAUCUCCAAGUGCCAUAUUCAUACAAAAGUUGGAUUGUAGAUUGUAUAUCUGGAAGUGGGUUCAACUAUGAAUAGACGAGUCUUGUUUCUGCAAUAGGUGAGAAAUUGAGAUGAAAUUGGAGUUGAUUUUUGUGUUGUUUCAGUUAUUCUAUCUUGCUUUCCCUCAAUGACCUAACAUUGACUCGUGAAUCAAAACGUCUGUUAAGCUACUUUUGAUUUUA